AUGGGAAGAAGUAAUGAAGUUGGAGAAAUGAAUUUUGGGAAUAAACCACCAGGAGCUUCAGCUUCCGCGGGAAUGGCUCGUCCAGGGGGAAUGAGAGAUCCCCCUGGAAUAUUAAGGGAAUCAGAGCCGAGAAAAUUGAAUACGGAUAUUCCGAAAUAUUUACCUCAUGAGAAGGUUUUUCCAAUUCAGAUCGGGACAGAGCUUUUUCGGUUGAGUGGUGCUAGUUUGAGUUCUGAUGUUUCUCAACUAUAUGAAGCAAAUAUCUUCAUAACAGUCGGAAAUGAAGAAUUUCAAAUCCCCCGAGAACUCUUUUCUGAUCCGGGUAAUAGUCCCAACUAUUUCUCCUUGGGCUUCGCUGUUUUCUUCAGCUCUCCUUCGGAAGUGUUCCCUGGCCUGAAUAGGGAUGGGCUUCUUAGACCCCCUUCCAUCCUGCCGCCAUCAGUACCCAAUCGCUCCGCAAAAACCUUUUUCGAAAUCCUUCAUCUUCUCCGUGGUUACCCGCUUGAAUUUCGCAGUCCAGAACAUCGUGCCGAACUUUUACGAGAUUGUCGAUAUUUCCAUCUUAAAGGCCUUGAACAAACACUAAUCCCUCAUUCGAUUUCAUAUAACCUAUUACGUAAUAAAUCAGAAAUUACAGUCCGACUACCAGAUAUCAGGCAAUCAGGUCUCUCUAUUUUAACUGAUAUUCCACUAUCUACUGCCACUUCUCCUGAAGCCCUCACUCCUCCAAGCCAGCCCCGAUCAUCUAUAGGCUUCGUGCAUUAUCAACGUCCCUUCGCAGAUUCUGCGCCCCACGAGCUUAUUCUCGAAAUAGGUGAUUCGGCCACUUUACUCCAUUGGAAUACUAUGCGCUUAGAAUUCUUUGGAGAAACGAACAUCCGGAUGGGUAGAUUAUUGGAGGUUGUUGCUACGAAAUUGAAUCUACCUGUUAAACAAUCAUUAGGUCUAUUGAUGAGGAAUGGCGGCGGAAGUAGUGGGCCGGCUAGUCCGGGGAAGAGUGGGUUGAGCGAGGAGAUGGUUAGGGUGGUUGUCGGGGACGACUGUGGGAUGGUAUGUGAUGGGAAGGUGGUUGAUAUUGGAGGAACUGUGGAUGAAGAUUCUAGUACUGAUAAUCAAGGAAGUGGGAAGAAGAGAAAAAUAGGAGAUGCGAUGGCAGUUCCCAUGAAUAUAAAUGCAGGCUUGGGAGUACUCAAAGACGAGAGAUGGAUUAUUAAAUCAGGACAGUGGAGGUUGAGGGUUCAGAGGCAUGCUGGUGGAGGGCAGGGAAUUGGAAUGCCGGGAAAUCAAUUGGCAAAUGCGAAGGGGGAGUGGGAAUGCGUAUUGAUGGCCGUGAGAUUGGAUGCUGUUAGUGGGGAAAGGGGAAGGAAUUUGCAGAGGGGGUUUUUGGGGACAUGA